CAAUUAGCGUCAAAUCGUUUACGAACUCGUUUACAACAUUACGAUGAACCUGUUAUUGAAUAUUAUACUGAUAUUAUGAAAUUAUGUAAGUUAGUUGAUCCUACUAUGACUGAUGCAUCAAAACUUGAUCACCUAUAUCACGGUUUAAAACAUUCAUUAAUGAAGGAAGUUUUACGUCAAACUCCACGAACGCCAUCAAACUUUUUAGAACAUGCACAACGCGAAGAAACUUUGGAUCGUCUUGUUACUACGUCUGUUCAUCAUACCAAUGAUGUCAUUGAUACCAAUACACCUCAUAAUGCACCACUUCAUCCUGCACCACCAAUUACGCCCAUAUGGCACCAAACUUCUCCGAACACGUCUUAUGCUUGGCCUCCACCACGACCAACCCAGUAUCAGCGAUCAUCAUAUCCUUCAAAUUAUCAGCAAUCAUCAUAUCCUUCAAAUUAUCAGCAAUCAUCAUAUCCUUCAAAUUAUCACCGAUCAUCAUAUCCUUCAAAUUAUCAGCAAUCAUCACCACAUAAUAAUCCUUAUAUUUCCAACACAUCGUUUAAUGAUUCAUAUCCUCAUCGACGUUCUGUACAAUGUUAUCGUUGUCACAAGUUGGGCCAUAUUGCCCGUGAUUGCCGAAUGGCAAAAAACUAUUAA